GUCUUAAUAUAUGAUACUCCAAAAUACCAAAUUCUUUAUCCAUCGCAUGAAAGUCAAAGCACCCCAAACAUUGCCUCUGAUAGCCUACUCGCAGAUCAAUCAACCCAACCAAAUUCCCGGAUUCAUCUCCUGACCUAAACCAAUUCCAUCGAUCCCAUUCCUCUGAAAGAAUAUUAGUCGACAGGGCCGGUAAUGGAACGACUACGUGCAAUAGCCGAUGCUCAUUACCGCGCAAGCCCUCCAGCGGUGAAGGCCCUGGCGUACGACUUCUUCAGAGCCCUGGACGCCGAUGGAGAUGGCAAAGUGAGCCUCGUAGAAUUCUUGGAGUUCAUGAAACUCGAGGGCUACACGCGGCUGUGCAGCCCGCAUUUCUUCAGGGAUCUCGACAGGGACGGAAAUGGCACUCUGGAUUUCUGGGAAGUUCUCACACUUUACUAUAUCAUCAAGAGUGGGAGGCCACUGUGUGAUUGCUGUGGAAUUCUGAUACCUGGAACGUUUUUCUCGUGCGUCGAGUGCUUCGAUGGCCCUGGAGGGUCUUACUCUUUGUGCAUCUAUUGUUAUAGAUCUAACAAGAGUUCUCACGGCCAUGGUGGCCGUCAACAGUUCUUGGAUACCUACACUUUGCUGGAAACCAAGAAACGGUUUGCAUCCGGGAGACAAAGAGGAGAACGUCCGGCUGAGCCAAGAACAUGGGAGACCAUAAAUCCAACAGUAGCUGGACAAGACACUCAUUUUCACAACAAUGGAUCACAGCCACCAAGCUGGAGCACAACCCCGACGCCGCCUGCCGCCGUUCCUGCAGCGAGAAUUAAUAAAUGGAAAGCAGCACUGACGGCACUGGAGAUAGCACUCAGCGUUGGGAGCAUUUCAACCACUCUAUGUACAAUCCUAUGACCUAAAACUGAUGCAAAUUUCGUACUAAUGGAUGGUUUGAUUCUUGAUGACUAAUAUUGUCCAAUGUACAAUGCUCAGCCUACUCAGGCAGGAGUUCACUUAGAAAUUUGCAUUUAGAUUACAGCUGCUUUUAUCAUAUUUGGACUAUUGUUAUUUGAAAAAUUAUUAAUAUCCCUCAAAGUAAAAAUAUUUAUACAACUUCUAGGC